AUGAGCUCCAGUUGUUGCUUGCUGCGAUUGCUAAUUGUUGCCGUAUUGCUAACCAUCGCCUACUGUACACUCCAAUGUACAUCGGACGAAACGUGCCCCGAUGGUAUGGGAUGCUUUGAGGGAGCCUGCCAGCGUGUCUACCGUAUGCAAAAACGGGAUGGAGUUAGGACAGCUCGCUCGGCUCAACUUUACUGCGAAAGCGACGACGAGUGCCUGCAACGACAGGAUUAUCGAAACAAAUGCUACCGUAACCAGUGCAGCCCCCUGUGGCUCAACCGACUGAGGAUGGGC